AACAAAAGAGAACUAUUAAACACAAAGCCAAGUACUCUUAAUCUCCAGAGAGAGACUUUGUACAGUAUGUUCUGUACAAAACUGAAAGACUUGAAGAUCACAGGGGAAUGUCCUUUCUCCUUACUGACUCAAACUCACAUUACUGAUGAACGUGAGAAGGACUGCACAGAAAAUAGCUCUAGAGCAGCUCUGCCCAUCUGCAAAGAAGUCCAUGAAAAAGAUGCUCAAGGAGACCUUCCACAGAGGAAAACGAGCAGAAGUAGAGUGUACCUGCACACAUUAACUGAAAGCAUCUGCAAACUAAUCUUUCCUGAGUUUGAAAGGCUAAAUCUUGCACUUCAAAGAACACUAGCAAAACACAGAAUAAAAGAAACCAGAAAAACUGGGGAUAGAGAAGAUUUUGAAAAAAUAAUCAGUGAUCAUGCUGAUGCAGCAGGUGUGCCUGUGGAGUCUCUACGGGAAUCUCUUGGUGAAGAGCUAUUCAAAAUAUGCUAUGAAGAGGAUGAACACAUACUAGGAGUUAUUGGAGGAACCCUUAAGGACUUCUUGAACAGUUUCACUACUCUGCUGAAGCAAAGUGGCCACAACCAAGAAGCAGGAAAAAAGGACAGACUUGAAGAAGCCUCCAUAUUAUGCCUGGAGAAAGAUCAGGACUUCUUAAAUGUGUAUUACUUCUUUCCCAAGAAAGUCACAAGUCUUAUUUUAUCUGGCAUUAUUAAAGCAGCAGCUCAUAUUUUGUAUGAAACUGAGGUGGAAGUCAUGCUCAUGCCUCCUUGUUUCCAUAAUGACUGCACUGAGUUUGUUAAUCAGCCUUAUUUGCUUUACUCUAUACAAGUCAAAAGUGCAAAACCUUCUUUAUCUCCAUGUAAACCACAGUCUUCACUUGUGAUUCCUGCCUCUGUGUUCUGUAAGAUUUUUCCGUUUCAUUUUAUGUUUGACAAGGACAUGUCUGUUCUACAAGUUGGAAAUGGGAUAAGAAGACUUUUGACCAGGAGAGAAUUUCAAGCUAAGCCUAAUUUUGAAGAGUAUUUUGAAAUUCUUACCCCUAAAAUAAGCUGCACUUUUAGUGGAAUAAUGACGAUGCUAAAUAUGCAGUUUACUGUACGAGUGAGAAGAUGGGAUAAUACUGAUAUGAAAUCAUCCAUGGUAAUGGAUCUUAAAGGCCAAAUGAUCUAUAUUCUUGAAUCCAGUGCCAUCCUAUUCUUGGGAUCCCCAUGUGUGGAUAGGCUAGAAGAUUUUACAGGACGUGGAUUAUACCUCUCAGAUAUUCCUAUUCACAAUGCACUGAGAGAUGUUGUUUUGAUUGGAGAACAAGCCAGAGCUCAGGAUGGACUGAAAAAGAGGUUAGGAAAGCUAAAAGCAACCCUUGAGCAGGCCCAUCAAGCACUUGAAGAGGAAAAGAAGAAGACCGUAGAUCUUCUGUUUUCUAUUUUUCCUGGAGAGGUUGCUCAGCAGCUGUGGCAGGGACAAGUUGUGCAAGCCAAGAAAUUUAAUAAUGUCACAAUGCUUUUCUCUGACAUUGUUGGAUUCACUGCCAUCUGUUCUCAGUGCUCACCUAUGCAGGUUAUCACCAUGCUUAAUGAGCUUUAUACUCGCUUUGAUUACCAAUGUGGAGAGCUAGAUGUCUAUAAGGUUGAGACUAUUGGAGAUGCCUACUGUGUUGCUGGAGGUUUACACAAAGAAAGUGAAACCCAUGCUGUUCAAAUAGCAUUGAUGGCCCUGAAGAUGAUGGAGCUGUCAGAUGAGGUGGUGUCUCCCCAUGGAGAGCCUAUCAAGAUGCGUAUUGGCCUUCAUUCUGGAUCUGUCUUUGCUGGAGUUGUGGGGGUUAAAAUGCCUCGUUAUUGUCUCUUUGGAAAUAAUGUAACUCUUGCCAACAAGUUUGAAUCUUGCAGUGUACCUAGAAAAAUAAAUGUCAGCCCAACAACUUACAGGUUGUUAAAGGAAUAUCCAGGUUUUGUGUUCACACCUCGCUCAAGAGAAGAACUUCCUCCAAAUUUUCCCAGUGAUAUCCCUGGAAUUUGCUAUUUUCUGGAUGCUUAUAUUCAAGGAACAAGCUCACUGACUUGGUUUCAAAAGAGAGAUUUGGGAGAUGGCAAUGCCAAUUUUUUGGGUGAGGAAACAGGAAUAGACUAA